ACACUCCAUGAGAUUGUUGUAUCCACUUUUAAAAAUAAUCGGCGCCUGGCCAGAUCCUGCCGUAACCACCGUAUCCUCGACCAUCAUCAAAUGGUGCACGAUAUCGAUCUCUUAUUUCUUACAACUACUGCUACUGAUCCCGAGCUUCAUGUACAUAUUUGGCAAGGAGACGAACAGCAGGAAGCAAGUUAAACUGCUGAUGCCUCAUAUUAACGGUUUGAGCCAGCUGAUCAAAUACACCAUACUGUUGCGCCGUAUGAAAGAAUUCCGGGAAACGAUGGAGGAUAUAAGGAACGACUGGCUGAGCGCCACCGAUGAGAAUCGACAAAUUUUCCGCGAGAACGCCAAGGUUGGAUACAAGGUAGUGCUGGGAAUAGCAAUCAUUAUGUAUACUGGCGGUAUGUGUAAUCGUACGGUGAUGCCGCUCUCGAAGGGAAGAAUUGUUUUGCCGAAUAACGCUACUAUAAGGCUGCUGUCCAGUCAGAGUUACUUCGUGUUCUUCGACGCGCAGCGUACGCCCAACUACGAGAUAAUCUUCGCUCUGCAAGUUCUUGGCGGAUUCGUCAUCUACACGAUACUGUGCGGCACCAUGGGUGUCUCUUCGUUACUGUGCAUGCACAUGUGCAGCCUGUUGAGGAUCUUAGCGAACAUGAUGUCCGAACUUUCAGAGCAGCUCGACGUGAGUGAGAAUGCCGUGCAAAAGAAGAUCGCGAGUAUCGUCGAAUAUCGGACGAAGAUCAAAAAAUUUUUAAACAACGUCGAAGAGAUUACACCCUACAUAUGUUGCUUCGAGAUCAUCAACGACACAUUGAUCACAUGCGCAAUCGGAUACUGCAUUAUCAUGGAAUGGGAGAGCAGCAACACCGCUGCUUUAAUUGUUUACAUCUCGUUGCAAAUGAGUACCAUAUUCAUUAAUUUCACCAUGUGUUACAUUGGUCAGCUCCUUAUCAACGAAAGUGAACAUAUUAGCCGAACGUCCGCAACUUUGAACUGGUACCGAUUCUCCUCGAAAAAGGCGCGAUGCCUGAUACCGGUGAUCAUUAUAUCGAAUUAUCGAAUAAAAAUCACCGCUGCCAAAAUUCUAGAGGUAUCAUUGGCCACCUUCACCGAUAUCAUGAAGGCGUCGAUGGGCUAUUUAAACGUACUGCGAAGUGCUCUCUAAUAGAAACUUGAAAAGUAAAUUUA